AUGGACAGCCUACUGCAAGCCCCGCACGAGAAACGAGGCUCAGAUGAAAGUCAACCAGACCCUGCCGGGCCUUUGAUGUCUCGCUUGUCCAAUAGCACGUGGGCCAGUGAGCUGGACUACUUUCAAGAUCCAGUAGCAGCCAGCGGUGCCCUGCCGGGGACACCGGGUUCGUUUCCUCCCUUGGUUUCAUCCGAGACAGCUAGUCACCUUUCGAUGGGAGACUUCGGCCUCUGCGGGAAUCCACUGGCGGGCUUAACUCUAUGGACCACUGAUGGGGUUCCGAGUGCUGGGCUGGGAAUAACGGGCAUUCAGGGACUACUUCAGUCAAAUACCUCUACAUACCCAGAGAUCGACGGUAGGGAACUUCCCAGCAAUUACUCAUUCUUCCUCUUGCCUCAGAUGAUGGAGGACCAACUGGCACAGGAUCCACGUACUUCACCGGAGCCUCCCCCAGACGGUUGUACACUGCAACAAGCAGAACCAACUUUAAGCACCCCCAGUAACCACACCGAAACACGGUGGACCCGCAGCGACAGCCUUCCAGCACAGUAUGAGUUCGAGAAGCCCCUUUCCAUUCGUUCGUCUCGCAAACGGGGACGCGACAGUGAAUGCAGAGAUGCGUUUGGCCUGGCCGCUGGACUUGACCCACGCUUUGAGCAUGCUAAGCUUGCAGCCGCCGCAAAGGCAGCAGAAGGCCAACAGAUAGAUCAUCUUUACGCAUUGUUGCCGUUUGAUCCGGCGAUGGGUUCCGAUACUCGAUCACUGGAUCAGGCAGGUCUCCAGCACCAGUUACUUUCCGAUCAACUGGGGACCGGCAACAUGUGUGAGAGUCAACAGGCGCUUUCCUGUCUCAGUCCACUCCAGCUAGCCGACAUCAAGUACGAAACAGUCAACCUCGGUGAAUAUGACAUGUGUGAAGUGAGCGUCAGCUGGCACCUGCCACGGUUGCAUGCUUCUCCCGAUUGGCCAGCCGAUGCUGUUCCAGUACGGCGAGUCUUUGGCAUCAAUGCAGGCAUGACGCUUUUCAAUCUCCAUCGGAUCAUCUGCAUUUCCAUGGGUCUUUCCGAUGACGUACCCCGCUGCAUUGCCACCGGAACGUACGGUACCGCACCUCCUUCGGGAACCGACUGGAAUAGCUCUGCAGAAAUCUGCAGCCAUGUCCCUUCUUUCCACGUGGAUGUCCACGAAAUAAACACGCAGUUCAUUGACACUCGAUUCUCCAAGAAUACAUCCUUUUCCAGGCGAACUAAGAUGAUGCGCGCGGAGGGAAUUGAUGAAGACAUUCUGCGGUGCUACAGCGAAUCCAUUCAGGAGUUCUGGCACGAUCCAGAUCGGGUGAGGGACCUCUCUAUCCGAGUGACUCGUCAGUCGAUGGGAGGCUCGAAACGUAGGUGCAUCGAGGGCCGCAAAGCACAACGGGCUAUCGAACGCGAGGAGUCAUGUGAAGAUAGUUCGCAAGCACAGGAACGUGGAACUCGCUCUGAGGACCUGUCCUUGCCAAGCACCCACGACCCUCCAGCGGUUUCCGUGCAACAGCAGUUGGGUUCCCUUGCGUGGCACGAGUCGCCAGCAUCCCUUGAGGCCUUCAUAUCGAUGCCUCACUUGGACCCAACGUACAGUAGCGAUCCCCAAGGUGAUCCGCCAGGUGUCCUCGGCGUCCCAACUUGCCCGAGCCCUGCCAUGUCACUGUCGUUUCCGUUCACGCUUAGCAGCGACGCAGUUUGUUGCUCGCCAUCAUCAACACUCUCAUCGACCCUUGCGACAGGCAUGCAACAAAGGAGUGAUAAAGUUGCCACCGCUCCGCAUGCUGUCGACAGCACUGAAGAUUCCAUUCCCAACAGCGGAGGACUAACUGCUGUCGCCCAGGCGCCAGAUGACUUUGUCUGCGGUGAAGGAUCCGGAUCAGGUAACGGUAUGCGUCGAAGCAAACGCAUUAACGACAAGAGAAUUCAGAACCAGCCCGAAGAUGACGGUCGAUAUCCGUUGAAACCGUCUUCCAUCCCUCCUGAGCCUAAAGUGAAGGUAAAUGAACUGCCUCUUCCUCUUUCCAUUUCUGCGGGUUCAACUAACUCUCCAUAUGCCUCGCCCUCGAAAACGGGUUUAACCGAGACAAAUCCCUCGUGCUCCGCUGUUUCCAAAGAAGGGUCGUGCUGCUCGACAAAUCCAGGUGACUACGAUAUCGCUGACUUUCGUUUGCUAGCAGGGGUCCUCGACGACGAGGCUUCUAGGGGGAUCCUCUCCGUCUCUCCGGAGUCCAUUGAGCCUGUAGAUUUUACCGCCCAAGCUGAUGACCAAGGACAUGAGUCUGACUGGCCGACAACCCAACCGGAUUGGAGGAGUGUACAGUUUGUCUUGACGCAGGAUCACGGGAUAAAUAUGGAACCGAGAAAUUCCGCGCAGACUGCAUGUUGA